AUGAAUCAAGAUGUCAGAGCUAAGGAAUCUGGUGAAUUACAAAAUGAACAAAUACGGUUUAGUGACUGGAUUUCCUCAUUUGAAUCCUUGCAAUCGAUACUAGAUAGUUUACCACAGUGGAUCUUUAUGUUAUUGGUGUAUAAUAGAUACAAUAAAGGUCCUAAUACAGAACCUUGUGGAACUCCACAGGAUGAUUUUCUCCAACGUCUAACAGAAUCUCUACAACACUAUAAACAAAGAAAUGACUUGAUUUUACAAAAAGUUCAGAAAAUAGACGACUGUGAAAAAGGAGUAAAUUUUAUGUCGCAAAUUUCCAGGCUGCAUAUUAGCGGAUUUCUAGAAGAUAAAGAGUACCAGAAAUCACUAAUUAUGAAAGAGCCGCUGAGGCCGUCCUCCCUGAGCUCGAGCUUGCGAGCGCGCGAAGCUUUCGCCAACGAGCUUUUUGUUUACGAAGCACUUCUGCCCGCUCUGGGUCAAGUGCAAGACAAGAGUGCUACUGCGUGGCCUAAGGUCAUUAUGGCCGACGAGAGGCGUCUGGUGCUCGAAGAUCUACACGAAAGUGGUUACAGGAUGAUGAGGAACGAACGAGUUUUGGAUUUGGAACAUUGCGAAUUAGUUGUUAAGGAAAUAGCAAAAUUUCACGCUAAAUCAAUUCUUUUGAAGCGCAAAAAACCAGAAAAAUUCUAUGAAAUUAGCAAUAAUCUACAUCACGUUGUCUUUGGUGAAGACGGUCGAGAGCAUUUUAGCGAAAUGUUAGAAGUUUCAUUUGCCAGAGGUUUGGAUAGCUAUAAAAAUAUAAAAAGGAAUUCUUCAACAAAAAUACUGACAACGUUGGAGCGGCUGAAAGGUAGAAUAUUCGACCUGAUGUACCAGAUGUCGAAAUCGGUCGAUUACUUAUUAGUAAUAUGUCACGGAGAUCUAUGGCUGAAUAAUAUCAUGUUUCGAUAUGAUCACCAAGGUAAACCAACAGAUUUGCGUUUUGUGGAUUUUCAAGCAUGUUCCUUAGCUCAUCCAAGUACAGAUUUAAUGAGAUUUAUUUACACGAGCACAUCUAGUCAAAUUAGGAAACAACAUUUGAAAAAUUUGAUCAAGCUUUAUUUGGACACAAUCGUAUCAGAAAUAGUGUCAAAUCUUGAAUGCAAAUGUGAUAAAUAUUUAGCUAAAAAUAAUAACGAAACCAAAACUAAAACUUUAAACUUGGAUAAUCAUAUUAAAGCAGAAACUGGAUUGCAUGAAUCUUCAAAUUUAAGUCAACAUAAUGAAACUAAUGAAAAUACUUGUGAAAUACACUCACCGAACAGCAAUGAUUUUUUAUCCAAGUUUAUGGACAGUUUAGAAUUUAAUACAUUUUUUGAAGAUUUUAAAAAUAGAUCUUUCUAUGGUUUUGUUACCGCUCUUUGGUUAUUACCAGUGAUCACCAUGGAUCUGGACCAAAAAUUAUUUUCGAAUGAAAAUGAUUAUAGCCAAGACAAUAUUGAAAACUACGAUGACAACAAAGAAAUAAAUUAUGAUAACAUUAAACUGCCAUCAGAAGAUGAUCUACGUAAGAUGCUCUGUAAUGCAGAAUAUCAUAAUAAAAUUGAGCAAUUGAUUGAAGAAUUUUCAGAAAAUGGAUGGCUGUAUAAUCUACACCAAGAAAUCUGUUCGUGUAAAGGUCAAAGGUUAGACGUUAGUGAAUUGUAUAUUAAAGACGAUUUAGUUAAUGCAGAUUUAAAUGUUAAGAUCUUGGUUAAAGGUAAACUUCAGGGACAAAAAUGGCAGAGAGAUAUAGACAAAAAAUGGCAGAGAGAUAUAGACAAAAAAUGGCAGAGAGAUGAUAGAGACAAAAAAUGGCAGAGAGAUGAUAGAGACAAAAAAUGGCAGAGAGAUGAUCUAGACAAAAAAUGGCAGAGAGAUGAUCUAGACAAAAAAUGGCAGAGAGAUGAUAUAGACAAAAAAUGGCAAAGAAAUGAUGUAGACAAAAAAUGGCAGGGAGAUGGUCUAGACAAAAAAUGGCAGAGAGAUGAUGGAGACAGAAAACGGCAGGAGAUGGGGACAAAAUUGGCAGAGAGAGACAAAUGUGAGCAAAUAGCGCCAAAAAGGAGGCGAGUAGCGCCUAAAAAGGGCAAGUAG